ACACUUCCGCCGGUCCUUGAAGGCAGCAUCCGUCCAUCUUGACUGGGAAGUGGCGCAUGCGCAGUCGUGCUUGUGUGACCUUCACAGGAGGAACCAUGUUCGCCCGAAGCAGCGCGUUGAUCUUCUCCCCACAAUGUCUGCAGGUCAGGAACAUGGCUACCCUGAAGGACAUCACCAUCCGGUUGAAGUCCAUCAAGAACAUCCAGAAAAUCACCAAGUCCAUGAAGAUGGUGGCCGCCGCCAAGUACGCUCGUGCUGAGAGGCAGCUGAAGCCGGCACGCGUCUACGGCGGGGGAGCUCUGGCUCUGUACGAGAAGGCCGAGAUCAAAGCGCCGGAGGAGAAGGGCGCCAAGCACCUGAUCAUCGGUGUGACCUCUGACCGUGGACUCUGCGGCGCCAUCCACUCUGGCGUGGCCAAGUCCAUCAAGGCCCAGAUCGGCGAACUGACCGCCGCCGGCAAGGAGGUGAUGGUGAUCAAUGUGGGCGACAAGCUGAGAGCCGUGUUGCACAGAACUCACUCACAGCACAUCCUCAUGACCUGCAAGGAGGUCGGCCGCAAGCCCCCCAACUUCGGCGACGCCUCCCUCGUGGCCAACGAAAUGAUCAACUGUGGCUACGAGUUUGACCAGGGCACCAUCGUCUUCAACAAAUUCAGAUCUGUCAUCUCAUACAAGACGGACCGCAAGCAGGUGUUUUCCAACGAGGCCGUGGCUAGCUCAGAGAGCAUGGGCGUCUACGACGACAUCGAUGCUGACGUGCUGAGGAACUACCAGGAGUUUGCUCUGGUCAACAUCCUGUUCUUGGCCAUGAAGGAGUCGGCCACCGCCGAGCAGAGCGCCAGGAUGACCGCCAUGGACAGCGCCAGCAAGAACGCCUCUGAGAUGAUUGACAAGCUGACCCUCACCUUCAACCGGACCAGACAGGCCGUCAUCACCAAGGAGCUCAUUGAGAUCAUCUCUGGAGCUGCUGCUCUGACUUGAGGCUUGUCUUUAAACAGGAGAUAAAUGGGCGACUUCCUUGUUUCCUUUAACUAUAGCCCUUCAAAGUACUUGGAACACGUGUGGUCAAGAGUCUCAUGAACAUUUGUGCUUCUAUUUGUAAAAUAUAUGGAGAAAAAUAAACCUCUUACGCAGA